AUUUUGUUUUGGUCAUCGAUGGAAAUAACUAAAUGCACACGUAUUAUUAAGUCCACCAAUUCCAUCUUUAACCGAUAGUUAACAACUGUAUAAUUCUGGCUGUCAAUUUAGAACAAUUAUAACCAGCUUAUGGAUCCAGCAUUAUGGAGCAUCUUCAUGAUGGUUUCCAUUAUUGUGUUUAUCGUGUUGUUGUCCCGUCUGUACCGACAGUACCGCCUGCGUCACUAUGAAGUCCCCGCCCCAGACAUCCGUGAGGGCCACCAGUGGUUCAUGGUGGACACCUUCCCGGAACCCACAUUCUGUAACAUCGGACACUAUCAGAUAAUACACGGAGCCCAGUGUGAGUCUUGCGGAGUCCGUGUGGACGACCACAGCAUGAAAGAUGCCAACAUGCAACUGCCAUGCAAGGCACCUUGUUCCACAGAGGAGGUGAUGCGGCAUCACUGGGUUCAGGGCAAUCUCCCCUUGUCCAGCCAGUGUGAUGUGUGUGCAGAAGAAUGCGGGACAUUAAACCAGCUGAUCGACCAGAGGUGUUGUUGGUGUCAGAGAACGGUUCACGAGCAGUGCAUAACGAAAACAAAUCUCUGCAACCUUGGCAAGUACAGGGCCGAGAUUGUCCCGCCGACGUGCAUUGAGCUCAUGUGGACGGGGCUGGGCCGAAAGCAUCUCAUCGUGAAGUCAGUGAAGAAGCCGUCCAUUCCUCACUGGAGUCCACUGGUGGUUCUGGCAAAUCGCAAGAGUGGAAACAAUGAAGGGGAACAACUGUUGCGGACAUUUCGAUCAGUGCUUAAUCCAACUCAGGUUAUCGAUCUUCAUGAUAUUCCACCAGAGAAUUGUUUGGAGUGGUGCCAUCUGGUGACCGAUGUCAAAGUGCGUGUGUUGGUGUGUGGCGGAGAUGGAACCAUAGGCUGGGUACUUAAUGCAAUUGAGAACUUAAAGUUGAAGAAUCCUCCACAAGUUUGCAUCCUUCCACUGGGAACGGGUAAUGACUUGUCACGUGUACUUGGAUGGGGUGAUGGUUGCCAUAGUGAUAUUGACGUCACUGAUGUUCUUGACCAAUUAAAAUGGUCUUAUCCUGUUUCUCUAGACAGAUGGAAGAUCAACAUUAUUCAUGAGAAACAUUUAUUAAUUUCCAGACCCAGUAAGACACUGAUCAUGAAUAACUAUGUCUCACUGGGAGUUGAUGCACUUGUCACCCUCAACUUCCACAAGCGGAGAGAACGGACACCAUGGUUGUUUGCUAACAGACUUGUUAACAAGUUCUGUUACUUCACAUAUGGAACAAAGGAUGUGUUGGAACGAGAGUGUAAAGACCUGCAUAAGAAGUUGAAGGUGGAGCUGGAUGAUGAGGAGAUUUACCUGCCGGAGAUUGAAGGGUUGGUCGUACUCAACAUUGCCAGCUGGGGCGGAGGUUGUCGGCCGUGGGACCUCGCUAACGAUGACAAAGUCUUCAAACCAGCAAGAUAUGAUGACGGUUUGCUAGAAGUAAUGGCGUUGUACUCCUCCUUCCAUAUCGCACAGCUUCAGGUUGGUUUAGCGUCACCUCUUCGUCUCGGACAGGCCAGGAAAGUCAAAAUAACCCUGACUGGUGGCAAUGCUCCAAUGCAGGUUGAUGGUGAGCCUUGGGAGCAGCAUCCUGCUGAGAUCACCAUCACCCACCACAGUGUCGCGUCCAUGCUCGCUGGAUGUCAUCCUGACGACUUCUUCGAUGACGAUGAUGAUGAUGAUGAUGAUUGACAUCAGUUAUUUUAAGUAUACGCAAUUAGGUGACAGGAGUUUGCAGAUUGGGAACAUUCAUUUGGUACCAGCUAAAACCAAGUCUAAAGCCAGUGUUUCCUAAUGCCAAUGAUAACCAAAGUGUGUAGACUUAAAACACCAAUUAUAAAUUUAAAACGCCAAUCAUGAAAUUCUGUAGCUGCUAUUCGAGAUAAAGAGGGAGAGGAGUUGGUUUCUUUUGGGUAACCAGACUCUAAAGUACUUAAAAUGCCAAUCAUGAAAUUCUAUUGAUGUUGUAUGAGAUAAGAAGGGAGAAGGGUUUCUUUUGGGUAACCAAACUCUAUACAGCUUAAAACACCAAUCGUAUAAUUCUGUUGAUGUUGUAUGAGAUAAGGAAAGAGAAGGGUUGGGUUUUUUUAGGUAACCAAACUCUAAAAGUACUUAAAAUGCCAAUCAUGAAAUUCUGUUGAUGUUGUAUGAGAUAAAGAGGGAGAAGGGGUGGUUUGUUUGUUUUGGGUAACCAAUCUCUAAACUACUUAAAACGCCAAUCAUGAAAUUCUAUAGAUUUUAUAUCAAAUUAUAAGAGAGAAGAGAGAAGGGUUUAUUUGUCUUGGGACUCAGGGCUUCUAGAAUUUUUUAUAAAAUCCACUAGCCAUGGGAUCAGUGAUUUUAAAAAUUUACUAGCCACAA